AUGGUAAUAGAACCACUCAAUUCUCUCUUUCUUCAAUUCUGCUCAAAGACUAGUGGAAUGCAUCCGGUCAGCAACUCAGACAGGAACGGUUCACCAGAUUUCCUGUCACCGCCAGCUAAGCCCUAUGGAGAAAUCUUUCAUUUAGAGGCUCUGGGUUCUUUCUAUCAUGGAGUCCGCCAAAAAAUCUACCUAGUCCAAGCCAACGAGAACAAAACGGACGAAAGAAAAACUACGCUCAACAAAGUUCAUC